GGAGGGAGGUGUCAAGUGAUGAUAUGCGUUAUGUUAUGAGCUCAGACGAUCAUUUUUCGUUGAUUGAUUCGUGUCUGUUGAAAAAAAUUACUUAAAAAAAUAGGUAAAUAAAAUGCUGUGAUCAUGAUAACGUUUUUCACAUUUCUGAUUAUACUGGUGGUGAUUUAUCUUGGAAUAACUUGGCUUUUACCGCAAUGUAUCGGCUACGUGCUAAAACGAAAAUUUAAUAUUAAAAUACGUUUCGGUCGGAUUGGUUUACCGUUCUCUUUGCGAGAUGUGAACAUUUGCAAAAGUGGAUUUUCGGUGCAAAUCGAUGAAAUAUGCAUCAGAAGUAGUUUCUUCAAUUCAGAGGUGACAAAAUUAUUAUCUAUCAAUAUUCGUGACAUUCGAAUCAAUAAGGAUGUCAACCGGAGGCAGCAGCAAGGUGGUGCUAGUCACUCUCAAAACAACCAACAAAAUGCUGGAGCCUUUUCCGAUGCACCUCCUAACGGAAAAGGUUCCAGCGGGCGUAAAACUUUGGAUUUUCGUGAGAAAAAAGUACAUCCUAUGAUCAUCAAAUUCGCCCAAUUUAUGGCUGUUCAUAUAAAUAAUGUAUCAAUUGCAUUGCUGAACAGCGACCAUGAUCCAGGCUGGUUGCUGCAUGCCACCGCAAAGGAAUUGCAUUUAGACGGAAGCAUCGUGCAUAACACUAAGACUAUGCUUGUGUCUGCAGCACUCUGCGACGCACAGGCAAAGAUUUUACGCCACUGUCCGGCUACCAAGAAAAAGUUGGGGGAUAACCAGGCCUGCUUGGGUGAGCUUAGUUUUGGAAUCGCGAUGGACAGUGUUCUCGUCGCUCACGGGCCAAUUUCGCUGGAAAAGUUACAUUUGGCAAUGACCAAUACAAAGGUCGUUCUACAUGGAGGUCUUUACGAAUUCAUCAAAGAUGCUCAGAAUCAAAAGCGAAGACAACAAAUGUUCCUGCAGCAAAAUAGCGUCAACCUAGGGUGGGCAGAGCUGGAUGAGGGUUGCCAGGAUGGAAGCGGCAUGUACCUAAGGAUAGCUCCUAUUAUUCCUAAGAAUUUUGUUAUUAAAAUUGAAGGGACGACAAUUUCGGCGGUCCGCGAGAAUAGCUCAAAUGAUUUUUCUGCCACCCUGCAGUCCUUUACGGUGUCAGGAAAGUUUAAUAAUCGCAAUCUAUCGGACGAGUUUCGUUUGCCAAUGUUCUACAUUGGAACGCAGCUUCAACAGCUGGAAAUCGAUACGCUGCAAGAGAAGCUACUCUACAUGGAACAGUUUAGUAUCGACGCUAAACUAGAGAAGGACCUCGUAAAUGUGUAUUCGAAGUUGAAAUCGUUCCGGAUGAUUUAUCAUCAUCGAGAGAUUUAUGGGUGGAUCAGCAAGAAUUUUUUCUCCAGUGAACGGUUGGCCAGACAAAUGAAUCCGAAAAGUCUCAAAUUAGCAACCAGUAUGAAGAGUUCCCGGUUUGCCGGUGCAAAUGGGGGAGCUUUGGAGCAUUUUCUGAAACGAGUCGUAAUUACGGGCUGUGCGGAACUGUGGAACGUUACAUCGGUCUUUAAAUUUGGACCACAAGAGGUCUCUUCCAUAUAUUGUAACCACACUAAAUUACUGCUGGAUCAGCUUACUCCACAGCGUAGCAGCGUUUAUCAAAAUCGGUUGUUAAAAAUGAUUCUUGGUAAUCGUCACUGGAGUGCUGAAUUGAUGAUCGAAUCGCUUUGGUGGUCUCUUAAUGGGAAUGUUUCUAACAACAAGGAAUUUGGCCAAAGUCUGAAGAAAAGCCACAUCCGCAGAAGUCCGUUCUACAUUGGAGUCAGUCUAAUCAAACUAAGCAGCUACGGAGACGCCACUAAACUGGAUCUAUCGAUACAUACCUUCAGAACGGAGUACAGUCCCGCGUUGGCAGCUUACUUGAUACAAGCGAAGCAGUGUUUGGAACAGUAUCGAUCGACGAAGAUUGUUUCUGGAAGAAAGGCAAGUUAUUGCUCGACCGUAGAAGAGGAAGACCCCGGAAUUUUAAAGAAACCACCUUCGCCGGCUUUGCUAAUUACAGCUAAGGUGACAGAUGUCACCAGUUUUUUCUUCAACAAAUACGAAACCUGUGUUCUGGCCAACUUGAAUGAAAUCUCCUUGGCGAAAACGCCAAACGUGAACGUUCUCAACCUAGAUCACUUUCAUAUGGAGACGUUGGAUUUCAAAAACAUAACGGGCUCAGAGUUCGGACCAGCGGAAAUGCAAAACAUGUUCGCUAACUUUAAACUGAUUCGAAUAGAAUACACAGAACCGCAGCAUCAUCCGAAGCAUUUGGCGAUUCACUUCCUGGAAGAUACCGGCGCCAUGUGGAAUGCCAAUCUGCACAUGCAUAUCGUGGCGUUGUUCAGUGAGAUUCGUGAGUUGCGGGCGGCAUUAAAACCGAAAGAGAUUGCUCAACCGCCGCUGGAGUUGCCGACAAAAGAAACACCGAAAAGCACCGACAGUGAAAAACAUCCGUGGGUGAUCGAUGUUUACGCGGAAGGAAAUGCCGAGUUUGCCAUCAAGAUAAGCGAACGUCAUUCGAUGCAGAUUUUCAGUGAAAAUUUGUACAUAAGCCGAAAGGAAUACUGGUUCAUAUCGUUUGAGCACAUUUUCAUCAAAAUCGACGAUCAGCAUAUCUUUUCGUUCAAUGACGUCGAUUGUCACCAGUUGGGAGAGAUGGAUGUGCUGCGAGCGGAACGGAAACACUACGAAAACUUUAGACUGGCGAACAACAAGGUGUGGGCGACCACGAUCGGAGUCGUACGAAUCAUCUUUCCGUACGAUCAUGACUUUUACGGUGCAAUAGUGAACGAGUUCGUUUCAAUUUAUAAGUGGUUAAAGGUGGUACAUGGCUACAAGAAAAAGCCCUUCACCAUUGAUUCGCCACUUCCGAGUGAUAUGUUUAUACAAAUAAAAGAGUUCCUAAUGGAAAUGAGCGACGAUCCGUUUGAAGUUAAGCUGCGUGAUAAUUAUGUAUUGCUGCUGGAUGAAUAUAACGAAAGUGUCAAAAGAAAGGAAUUAUUUGAUCAGAAAAUCGAACAACUAUUUUCCGAGCGACUACUAUUGCCGGCAGGUACGCUAGAGGAACUUAACGCCAACUUAAUAAAAAAGAACUCGGAAAUUUACAUACAGAGAUCGAAAAAGUUAGCAGAAACUGGCCCUCCGAGAACGCGGCUAAUAGCUUGGAUCAUGACCGACCUCGAGAUCAUGGCAAUGGCGGAUCCGUACGUUCACGGUACCGAUAAUGCGGUUCGAAUGAUACGGGAGAUCGAUGCUGAAAGUCCGUGGCCAGAGGAAGGAAUUGAAUUUGUUACCCUUUGGUGCCGGGCCGUGAAUGUGAGUUGCACUGAGUGGAAAUUUAUGCUUCGUGACUAUCCGCAACCGAUGUUCCAUGUCAAAGCGAUGCACCUGUUCGGAUAUUUGGCUGGAGCCGAAAUGGCUCCACCUCGUCGGGCGAAACGGGAUGUCGACAUAGAAAUUGGAGAUCCUUUUGGUACGCACACAAUUCAAAGAAGUAUGACUUCAAUAAAAUUCUACCACGACUUCGAUUGGGAGCUGGACUAUCUAGCUUACGCGUUCGGACCAUGUUGGGAGCCCGUUAUGGCUCAAUGUAACUUAAUGAUGGAGAAAAUUUCGGCACCGUCCAGGGAUCCGAGCCCGCCGCUGCCAUUUUGGGAUAAAAUGCGACUGUUAAUGCAUGGACGCCUUACGAUAAUAGCCAAACAAUUCACUAUCCUAUUACACGCCUCUUUGGAUCCCUACAAUACAACGGAAGAAAUGGAACUAACCUGGAGCAACUGCGGAAUCGUGUAUACUAACGCUAAAAUCAUGUUCAAAGGCGAUCUAAACGUUUUCGUACGUACAGCUUCCCGUUACGAUGAUUGUCGGUUGCUACAUUUACCGAAUCUUAAGCUAACUUUUAAAUUAAGUUGGAUUUGUUUGGCCAAUCCGAACGAUCACCACGCUGUCAUCCCAUGCGCUCCGGAUAAGCUACCCGAGUACUCGAGUAACCAAGUGCACGAUUCGUUCCGUGCAUUCCGCUCGCAAAACCUAAACAUCUGGGUUUCGUUCGAAAUCAAGCAGAACGUCUCGGAACUGGACGUCCCCAAUUUGGAGCUGUACGGAAGUACUUUGCGUUGGUUUGAAAGUCUCAAGCUAAUUCUUUCCGGAGUGACUAGACCCACUCGCCGAGGGCCGGUCUUCAAUAACGUUCGGCCUCGAAAGAAGCAGCUAAGCCGGCACUACCGUAAAGCCAACCUGCAGAUGAGUCUGCAUAAGUUUCAGAUUUUCUAUUGGAUGUCACACGCAUUGAAUCGCGGAUUUCAGCUCAACGGGGGUCGUAUUUCGUUCAGUUCCGAGCACACACUCUCGCUUUCACCGAUCGAUGACGGAUUGAUCCAUCGUCCCCGUGCUGACUGGGCUAUUAUGUACAUGAACUGUGAGCUGAAUGAUGCGGAAAUUUGGCUGCGCACCACGACGAUCAGUGACCGUACGGAUGGCAGCUCGGAAAGUUUUUCCAAUUCCAAUGGAGAUAUCUACAGAUACUAUUUCCUCAGCGUUGCCCGUGUAUCGUACGGCCGGGAGGCGCACUUCGUAAAUGGCAGCGAACGAGAAAAGGACACUCCAACACACAAGCUUGUGGUCUACGAUCUAAAGGGAGCGUGGACCAAGGACAACCGGGACGUGGCUUUUGCCCUGUUCGAUUCCUUCAUGAAAAGUCAACGGUUGAAAAAUAAUCUCUCCACCGAGGCACUGAAAUGUUUCCGCAAGGAGAGCAACAACACACCGUUCAAGUCACGAAACAGUCAGGAUAAAGGUACCUCUUCGGCGCAUCACCCAGAAGCUGGUGGCGGUAGCCGUAGUGGUCAAGGGGGACAUAUAAGCAAGCGCCAGGAAACGUCGGACGGUUUGGUGAUGCUGCAGCAGUUGAUUGCUGAGUCUGAUCACAAAUCCGUGGUAUUUAGUGAUGAUUUAUCGGCGCAGACUAGACAGCAGCAGCUCAAAGGUUUACAGGCUUGCCAGGAUGAUGAUGUUCUGCAUUACAAUUGGUUUAUUUCACUUGUGAACUCUCAAGUUCUGUUGAAGGGGUGUGAAACAUCCGGGUAUGUUAUUUUAAGCGCGGCGAAAGCAGAAAUAUUGCAACGUGUCCACAGGCCGGUUUGGAGAGAUCAUACUAUCGUUUCGAAAACUACCUGGGUUGGAUCGUUGGAGUGCAUGCAGUAUUAUGCGACGGUAAGUGAGGAAGAUGGGGACACGAGAGAGAUGGCAGAGAUUAUGUGGCUGACGGUGGACAACAUCCAGGAGAAGGACAAGGAUGCGACCAUGAUAAAUGAGUUUCCAGAUUUACCGCACCUGGUUGGCAGUGGUCAAAGCGUGGGUGGAGUUGUUUCGGAAACGGUUGGUGUUUCCGGGGAUAGCUACCGUGGGGGAAGAUCGCCUAUACAACUUCAACGAAUUGUAUCGCGUUGUAAGUGCGAAUUUUUCUAUGUUAGCUAUGGCGAUACCAGCAUUGAUCCGGGAACGAUAAGUGAAGUGUCACCACCUCCAGUGGAGGAAAGUAUGAGUCCUUGGGAAAAUCAGGACGAACCGGUUGAUGCGUUUACUCUAAUGCAUCAUGAUUUAGACGUUUGCACCAACUCGCUGCAGUACGCUAUGAUAUUGGACAUAGUGAACAAUUUGUUACUGUACGUCGAGCCACAGCGAAAAGAAGCUCUGGAGCGGCUAGCCAGAAUGCGGUUCCAAUUGCAGUUAUACAGCGGAGAGGAUCAGAAACGACCAAUUCAGCAUAUUCAAACGGAAAUUCUAGGGCUCUUGUCGCGCAUUCGCUGUCUUGAGAAGGAUAUUCAUUUUAUUACCAAAGCUCGCCUUGAGGAGGGUGAUAGUGAUGAGUUACGAUCCGAUUAUGAUGAUGUUCAGAAAUCGAUUCGUGAAUGUAAGGAGAAGCUUUCGAAUAAAAGUGACGAGUUGGAUAUGAUGUUGUCUUGCUACAAUGAAACUCAAUUAUCUGCUUCAAAUCGGCUAGCGACGAUUCGCAAAGAUAAACCAUUAACGAUAGUACGCGCAAAUGAAAUAUGUUUCAAACAUGCCCAAUGGCGGUUAACGGAAGCUGACGGUCAGAUUGGUAUUGCUGAUCUGAUUUUAAGUAAUUUCCUGUAUACCAAAAAUUCCAAAAGUGACGACUCGGUGGAUCAUUUGCUAGAGCUCGGUUACAUUCGAAUCAACAAUUUAAUACCUAGAGACAACUACAAGGAAGUCCUAUGCCCAACGGAGAUCCAGCGCGAUAUGCCGGUAGAUCACAAGCGUGUUCUACGUGUGUUUUGCCGAGAAAAACCUCCGGUUGGUGGAAUAUCCGUCAAGGAGCACUUCGAAAUCAACGUUGUGCCGAUUACGAUUGCCAUUUCGAAAAAGUUUUACAACACCAUGUUGAAAUUCUGCUUUCCGGAUCGCGACGCACUGGAGGUGGAAGGUAACGACGAGCUCGAGGAUGGCGCAAGUUCCAGUACGACUACAAAAAGUUCCUCCAAAAAGACGACAUCUUCGAAGGGAAAGAAAAGUUCGAAGGAUAGUAAUUUCUACGUUAAAAUUCAAGACGAUGUAGAAAAGAUGAAAGAGCGAGCGGAAAAGAAUAAACUGUUUAUUUAUAUCAAAAUACCGGAGGUGCCUGUUAGGGUUAGCUACAAAGGUAACAAGGAAAAGAAUAUCGAGGACAUAACCGAUUUAUCGCUGCUGAUCCCGACGCUUGAGUAUCACAAUGUGACGUGGACUUGGUUGGACUUGCUGCUGGCAAUGAAGUCCGACAGCAGGAAAGUGUUACUGUCACAGGCUAUCAAGCAAAAGCUGAAACUAAAGAAAGUACUAGUCGAUGAACAGCCGUCCCCACAGGAGGAAGACAAAGCGAAGAUGCUAUUCGGAAAUCGACAUGCGCCGGAAAACAAAAGUCUGCGGAGAGGAGUUUUUAAAUUUUCCAAAUCCUAGAGAAACCUUUGCUUCGUGGUUUGGUCAACAGAAAGAAGCUAACGGGCCAACAGCUAAUAGAAACUAGUCCUAGCAGUGCAGUGGUAUUUACAGGCAAUUUAAUUCUAAACGUUAUGGCAGUAUGCACUAUGAUAGCAGCAAUAUGAAACAUCACGAGAACGUAGUUAGUUGCAGAGUAUUUAUGUUUUUAUGUACCUACCUAUAUCUAUAUCUAACGUUAACAACUGCAUGUAUUGAAUUCAUGUUUUGUAUAUACUUUCGUACUAUUCAAUUAUCCGACCAAAGCUAUCAAUAGAUUUUUCUCUGGUGAAUACAAUAGGUUGACUGAUUUAUUCGUUUGUUUUACGCGUACAGUUGGUUUCACGACAAAAUUAUACGGUGUUUGUUCAUUCUAUUUGGUGCUUUAUCCAUUCAGUUUGAUAUUUUAAUCAAACAGACAAAGUUAAAAAGCAUGGAAAGUGUUUCCUAUUAUUAAAA